AUGUUGAUGGAGUCUGACGCCUCAAGCAACGCAGGCAUCUCCGACCCAUCCGACGAGAAAACAACCCAAAAGGAGAUAGAACCGCUGAAGCGGCAGCAGCAACACCAACCCGAUUCCUCGGAUAAAUGGAAGACUCAAUUGGCUUCAGCAGUGGGCGCCGACGUUGUCGGGGAGGUGGACCAGCCGAUCAUCGACUACAUCGCCAACGUCCUCGCCGACGAGGACUUCGACUUCGGGGCCCCGGAAGGGCACGGCAUCUUCGAGGCGCUCGGGGAGCUCCUCAUCGAUUCCGGAUGCGUCUCCGACCAGGAACACUGCCUCCAGGUCUGCAGUAUGCUUUGUGAAAAGUUUGGAAAGCAUGGUCUGGUGAAACCCAAACAAGUUAUGCGCAGCCUUGUUACACCGUUACGAAUGAAUGCGGGGAUGGACGAUGACGUCGCACCAAAAAAGCCACAACCAGAAGUAUUCGACGGACCGCUGCUGUCUUCGCGCGAUAAAGCCAAGAUUGAACGGAGGAAAAGAAAAGAGGAGAGGCAAAGAGAGACGCAAGUUUUCCUUCCCGACUAUGCUCUUCUUUCUUCUAUGGACUGUCCUGCUUGCUGUAAUGAUGGUGGGCCAGCUGUUAGGGAUAUACAUAUGGAGAACUUCAGUGUCACUGUUGGUGGUCGUGAUCUAAUUCAAGAAACCACUAUAACACUUGCUUUUGGAAAGCACUAUGGUCUUGUUGGAAGGAAUGGGACUGGGAAGACAUCUUUUCUCAGAGCGAUGGCAUUGCAUGUGAUUGAUGGUAUUCCCAAGAAUUGCCAGAUAUUGCAUGUUGAGCAAGAGGUUGUGGGCGAUGAUACAACAGCUUUGCAGUGUGUUCUGAACGCCGAUGUCGAACGAGUUCAACUUUUGCAGGAAGAAGCUCGUCUGGUUCAACAACAGAAAGAUUUAGAGAUUGAGGCUGAGUUUGGGCAGAGCUCUGGCAAGAGCAAGGAUGGCCUUGACAAAGAUUCUAUCAGCAAGAGGCUUGAGGAGAUAUAUAAACGGCUUGAGCUCAUCGAUGCAGAUGCAGCAGAGGCUCGUGCGGCAUCAAUUUUGGCGGGUCUUAGUUUUACUCCAGAAAUGCAACGCAAGCGAACAAAACAAUUUUCUGGUGGAUGGCGCAUGAGAAUAGCUCUAGCACGCGCUCUGUUCAUUGAGCCUGAUUUGCUACUACUUGAUGAGCCGACAAACCACCUUGAUCUUCAUGCUGUGUUAUGGCUAGAAACGUAUCUCCUGAAGUGGCCAAAGACAUUCAUUGUUGUAUCACACGCAAGGGAGUUUUUGAAUACGGUUGUCACCGAUAUCCUUCAUCUACAUGGUAGAAAACUACAUGCUUACAAAGGUGACUAUGACACAUUUGAGAGGACAAGGGAAGAGCACCUUAAGAAUCAGCAGAAAGCCUUUGAAACAAAUGAGAAGGCCAGACAGCACAUGCAGACAUUCAUUGACAAGUUUCGGUACAAUGCAAAGAGAGCAUCACUUGUUCAAUCGAGAAUCAAGGCAUUGGAGCGAAUGGAACAUGUUGAUGCAGUUGUCAGUGAUCCAGACUAUAAAUUUGAAUUUCCAACCCCAGAUGAUCGCCCUGGACCACCAAUUAUUAGCUUCAGUGAUGCCUCGUUUGGUUACCCUGGAGGGCCUACCUUGUUUAAAAAUUUGAAUUUUGGUAUUGACCUUGACAGCCGCAUAGCAAUGGUUGGUCCUAAUGGCAUUGGCAAGUCCACUAUACUGAAACUAAUAUCUGGGGAUCUGCAGCCAACUUCUGGAACAGUAUUCCGGUCUCCCAAGGUUCGCAUGGCUGUAUUCAAUCAACAUCAUGUUGAUGGCCUUGAUUUGACGGCGAAUCCCCUUUUGUACAUGAUGAAGUGCUACCCGGGUGUGCCUGAGCAGAAGUUGAGGGCACAUCUGGGUUCUUUUGGUGUUUCAGGAAGCCUUGCCCUCCAACCUAUGUACACUUUAUCAGGUGGUCAGAAGAGUAGGGUAGCAUUCGCGAAAAUAACCUUCAAGAAGCCACACAUCAUUCUCCUCGACGAGCCUUCUAACCAUCUUGAUCUGGACGCGGUUGAGGCACUCAUCCAAGGUUUACUCAUCUUCCAGGGAGGAGUGCUGAUGGUGAGUCACGACGAGCAUCUCAUCACUGGAAGCGUGGACGAGCUUUGGGUGGUGUCGGAAGGCAGGGUGACCCCGUUCUCGGGCACUUUCAAGGACUACAAGAAGAUGCAAAAGUAA